AUGAUCUUUGAAAAUCUAGAAGUUACAAAAUGGAAAAUCCCCCCUUACCCUCCCAAUAAGGAUGACAAAAGGAUUGUUGUUUUCUGGAAGCUCCCCCCUGUCUUUGAUCGUUUCAACAACAGUACCAAGAACAAGAGACAGAUGACCAGAUGGUCAACCCCAAGGCUACACUGGUUUAAACUAAAUUUUGAUGGUUCAGCUCAAAGCAAUUGUCAGGUAGGUGGUGGAGUCAUUCAGGAACAUCUAGGGAACACGGUUGCAGCCUACGCUGGCAACCUAAGGAAUAAUACGGUCACUCAAGCUGAAGGAAUGGCUCUCCUUUGGGGUCUGAAAAUGGCUAACUCCAUAGGAAUAAAACAUCUGGAAAUUGAAGGAGACUCUCAAAUCAUUAUUGACUCUGUCAAAGGGAACGCUUUGGUGGGGUGGAGAGUGGAACCCAUUAUGAGGGAUAUCAGGUGCCUCCUGGUCAAGCUGGAGGACUUCACUAUCCGCAACAUCUUCAGAGAAGGAAACAGAGCUGCCGAUUCCAUGGCGGCUGACGGAAGGCUGCAGAAUGGCUUACGAUGUUGGAGGGACCCCAGUCUGCUGCCGGUCACCACUAAGGAAAUCUUGGAAAAGGAAAAGGCCUUUACCCAGGAAUGGACCGUCCUAUCCACUCAAUAA